UAGGAUAGAGUUGAUGGCUCAUUAGUUGGUAGGUUGGUAGCAGGUUGGUAGUUGGUAGACGUGAAUCUAACAUGGUGAAUCGAAAACGCAUAUGAAUGGUAGUGAAUGGCAGUCUGACUGUUCAGAAAAGGAGGUAUUUUUACUUGUUUAAAAUGAAGGAAAUAAAUUAAUACGGGAAUUAAUCAAUACGCCAUAUGUGUAAGGUUUACUUCAAAUAUAUUGUGAAAAUAUGGCAGAAUCUGUUGGACCAAUACUUCAUGUGAUUGUAGUUGGAUUUCAUCACAAAAAAGGAUGUCAAGUAGAAUAUUCAUUUCCUCCUCUGGUGCCUGAUGCUCCAAAUGAAUGUCCAUUAGGAUGGAAAUACUUGCCAACUCUUGCUUUACCAGAUGGAUCUCAUAAUUAUGACGAAGACACAGUUUACUUCCAUUUACCUAGUCUGAAUGAUAUAAAACGCACGAUAUAUGGUAUUUCGUGUUUUAGGCAAAUCCCCGUUGAGAAAUUGAAGAAUCGCACAUCCGAUAUAACAAGGGGAACUGUACAAAAAUCUGUUUGUGUGUUAAGCACAUUACCGUUAUAUGGUCAUAUUCAAGUAAAAAUGGCAUUAAUAACACAUGCAUACUUUGAUGAAGGUGAUUUCAGUAAAGUGUCGUUACUGGAAGAUACUUAUCAUCAUCUUAAUUCUUGUAUGAGUAGCGAAAGUCAGAUACCACCACAAGUCUUUGUUGGAUUAUCUGCAAGAGACUUUAUUCUGCAAUUUCGUCAUAAAGUUCUUCUGUUAUUUAAACUACUCCUGCUAGAAAAAAAAAUAGUGUUCUAUCAAUCACCUGUUCAACCAUUGUGUGCAGCAAUAUUGACAUUAUUAUCGUUGUAUCCGGGUAUGAUUGAACAUGGCUUACAACAAGCUGCUUAUGUUAGACCAUCUAGACCCAUGUCUCCUAUUCCAUCGUUUGAUGACGAAGAAACAUCGAUAAACAAAGUUGAUAACAAUGUAUCCUCCAGAAAUUCUGUUAAAGAUAACAUAUCAGAUACACUGAAAGAACAUGUUAAUGGUAAUUCUAAUAAAAAUUCAUUCUGUAUAAAUGAUAAUAAAUCUGUUGAAACCAUGGAAGACAAAUUCAUAGAUGGAUUUAGAGAUAUGACUUUACAAAAGAACAACAAUGAAAACGAAAAUUUAAAUAUAAAAGUUAUCGAGGUUGAAUCUGGGCGAGAAUGUACCGAGGCAUAUGGAGAAGAAAAUAAUUCUAUAUAUUCUGAGAAACCAAAUGACUAUGUACACAGAGUACAAAGUGUAACUACCAUUACAUUAGGUACAACAGAUACAGACAAUACUCUACCACGUGAUACAAGUAACGAUGCACUUUCAGACGCACGUUUAACAAAUAAUAUUACUCGAAUUGCUCAUAUAAAUCCAGAACUUUGUGGCUUACCUUUAGAUCUGUUUACAAAGGGUUAUUUAUGUUUACCAUAUCUGUCCUUGCCAUAUUUGGAUCUUUUGGCAGAUAUUAAUGUUAGAGGAUACAUAGUGGGAGUAACAAAUAUUUUAUUUAAGCAAAAAAAGCAACUUAUGGAUGUAUUAGUAGAGGUUGACAUUACACGGAUAGAAGCAACUGAUCCAGAAUUGAGAAGGCAACUACAUCUAACAACAGAAGAUCUGAGAUUUGCCGAUUACAUAGUUAGACAUGUAGCAGAGCCUCGUAAAGAUAUUUUCCUGGAUGGUGUGGGAUGGGAAGGUGGAGAUGAAUGGAUUAGAACUCAAUUUCGUGUCUAUUUACUGAGUAUGUUGCGAACAUCCAUGCAACAAGAUACUCGUCAGUCUGAUCAUUACAACUCUGCAUUUAUUGCUGCUUGGCGUUCCACAAAUAACUAUAAAAUGUGGAGUAGUUCUAAUAAACCAGAAAUCAAUAAUAUAGAACCUGGCCAUCCAUUUGCAGGACAAUUAUCGGUACAAGAUAUGAAAUUGCGGUUAUCACAUACAAUGCAAAAUACAGAAAGUGGUAGAAAGUUAAAUCAAGCAAUGGCAUCAACUGGAAGAGCAGUUGCAACAACAGGAAAAGCUGUAGGUGGUGCACUUUCUCAAGCCAAAGGUGCAUUCUCUAAUUGGUGGAGUACGUUAACUACAGUUCAACCAGCAGAGGAAGGAAAAGGUGACAAUCAAACUCCAAAUAUACAUGAAACAUUUUCAACUAUGACUAAUAAUACUACUAUAAAAGACGAAGAAAUAAAUGUAUCAACAAAUAACACGAGUCUAGAAGUUGUUGUAGAUUAAUGUAGAAAACAGCAAAAUUUUAGUCAUUAAUUACAGUGGCUAUAAGAAACUUUUUUAAGACCAUAUGUAAAAGUGAUCCUACACCUAUUCAUACUUUGUAAGAUGCUAAUGUAUAAAACAAGGAGGUUAUGUAUAACCGAACAAAAUUCAGGUAAGAACAGAAGAAAUAGUUGCAAAAUGAAUAGUAUACUUAAAUAGCGAGCUUGACCGAUGUAUUAAUGUGAUAGUUUUUAUUAACAUUUUGCAUUAAUAGGUUAUGU